AUGGAUGGAUUUGGCGGUUCAUUUGGAAGUUCUAUGGGAGGAUCAAGCCCCUCUGGAUCUCAGAAUUUCGGUAUGGGUGGUGAUGGUCAAGCCGGAUCAUUUUAUGGAAAACAAACCAAUGGUACGUCCACAGGUGCUGCUGUUGGAUCUCAGGUUGGAGGUGCGGUUGGUGUUAAAACCGGAGCUGCGGCUGGUGCUGCGGUCGGCAAUGUGUUGGGUGGCGGUGGCAAUGGUAAAGCAGACAUUGAUCCAAUGAAAUCCGGAGUACUCAAUGUUGGGGGUGGUGAUAUGGUGAACAAUCAGGGCGGCUUUGACAAGGAGACUGGCUCCUACCAGCCCGGUAAAGGGUCCCAGCCGACUUCUGGAAAGUACAACUAUGCCGGGUUUAAUCCAGAACAAAUUGAUGGCUGGAAAGGUCGGGACAAGGACAUGAAUAAUGGUGUUGGGGGAUGUUGUGACGGAGAUGGCACGGGGACAGACGGGAGCAAAACCGCCCAAAACAUGGGAUGGUCUGCCGGUUCAAAUAGUAAUAUUGUCGGCUGGGGAGGUAGUGGUGGUAAAACAGGAGGUAACAGCCAUGGAUGGGUGGAUGAGAAUCAAGGAUCUAAACCGUCAGGUGGCGCUGUUGGUAACGCUGCGUCUGCUGCAGUUAAUGUGGCAGCAGAAGCUGCAAAAGCAGAAGUGAAGGCAUUGGCCAACUGCUUCAAUCCCGUCGGUAUGGCAAUGGCGGGUAAGAUUCUGGUAGAUCCAAGAAUAACGCUGGCUACGCAACACGCCGAUAAUCAUACUGACAAAGCCACGGCGUUCCAGGCCACCCUUGACUGGGUGAAAAUGCUACUACCACCUUACCCUCCUAAAAUACCACAGAGAUCUAGUUACUCAUGUCCAGAUCGGUGUCCAAUACCUGCACCAGGACUGUACGGCUGUCCAAGUGUUACUGUAUUAAAAUACGUCAGUAAGCUGGCGGAAAAUGGACCAAUCACAAUAAACGAUUUUUGUGGUGGAUGUCAUGAUUGCAAUUCCCCACACUACGCCGGUGAUGCAGUUGAUCUGAAGAAGGACAUGAUUCGUACUAGUGAGUUUUGGGUAGAAUGCCAGAAAAUGGGCGGAUGGUUUUUUGACGAGGGAGAAAGUUUGCACUGUGAUUUCCGUGCAAAGAAAGCCGGAGUUGUUUAAUGUAUUUUACAAUAUAAAUGUUUCAUACUAAAUAAUUUUAAAAAUGGAUUCAAACAAAGUGAUAAAAUAUUAAAAUAUAA